UGCCUGUCCCCUAUGCUAUCUGGCAGCGCUAUCCUUAUUAUAAUAUCACCUCUUAGUUGGAGCAACAGAAAUCAAUAAACACACCUUCCAUUUGUCUUACAGUACUGUCCAGACAAGUGAUCGUUGCCCGGUGCCACCACAGCAGAUAUUUUUUUUACAUACUUGGGCUCUGCUCCCUAAACCGCAACCAUGAGUUCGGACGCGGAGAUGGCUGUUUUUGGGCCAGCAGCCCAGUUCCUCAGAAAAAGUGAGAAAGAGCGGAUUGAAGCACAGAACAAACCAUUUGAUGCAAAGAGCUCUGUGUUUGUGGUGGAGAUCAAGGAAUCCUACGUGAAAGGAGUCCUUCAAAGCAAGGAGGGUGGGAAGGCAAUUGUAAAGACAGAAGGUGGACAGACUGUAACAGUGAAGGAUGAUCAGAUCUUCCCUAUGAAUCCACCAAAGUUCGAUAAAAUUGAAGACAUGGCCAUGAUGACCCACUUGAAUGAACCAUCUGUUCUGUAUAACCUCAAAGAGCGUUAUGCAGCCUGGAUGAUCUACACCUAUUCUGGGCUUUUCUGUGUUACUGUGAAUCCCUACAAGUGGCUUCCUGUGUACAACCCAGAGGUGGUGGUGGCUUACAGAGGCAAGAAGCGCCAGGAGGCCCCACCCCACAUCUUCUCUAUCUCUGAUAACGCCUAUCAAUCCAUGUUAACUGAUCGGGAAAACCAGUCAAUCCUGAUCACUGGAGAAUCUGGUGCUGGAAAAACAGUUAACACAAAACGUGUCAUUCAGUAUUUUGCAACAAUUGCAGCAGCCCCUGACAAGAAAAAGGAAGAAGUCGCAAAAAGCAAGGGAACCCUGGAAGAUCAAAUCAUUCAGGCAAAUCCUUUGCUGGAAGCUUUUGGAAACGCCAAGACAGUGAGGAAUGACAACUCUUCCCGCUUUGGUAAAUUCAUCAGAAUCCAUUUUGGCACAACUGGGAAACUCUCCUCAGCUGAUAUUGAAACUUACCUGCUGGAGAAGUCCAGAGUUACCUUUCAGCUAAAAGCCGAGAGGAGCUAUCACAUUUUCUACCAAAUCAUGUCCAACAAGAAGCCGGAACUGAUCGAUAUGCUCCUGAUUACCACCAACCCCUAUGACUAUCCAUUCGUCAGCCAAGGGGAGAUCUCUGUAGCUAGCAUUGAUGAUACAGAAGAGCUCAUGGCCACUGAUAGUGCUAUCGAUAUCCUGGGCUUCACUGCGGAUGAGAAAAUGACUAUCUAUAAACUGACAGGUGCCGUCAUGCACUACGGUAACAUGAAAUUCAAGCAGAAACAGCGAGAGGAGCAGGCUGAGCCAGACGGCUCAGAAGUUGCUGAUAAGGCUGCCUAUUUGAUGUGUCUGAACUCAUCAGAUUUGCUAAAAGCUCUCUGCUACCCAAGAGUGAAGGUCGGCAAUGAAUAUGUAACUAAAGGGCAAACUGUUCAGCAGGUUCACAACUCAGUUGGUGCUCUGGGUAAAGCUGUUUAUGAGAAGAUGUUCUUGUGGAUGGUCACACGUAUUAAUGAAAUGUUGGAUACUAAGCAGCCAAGACAGUUUUUCAUCGGUGUGCUGGAUAUCGCUGGGUUUGAGAUCUUUGAUUACAACAGCUUGGAGCAGCUCUGCAUCAACUUCACCAAUGAGAAACUGCAACAGUUUUUCAACCAUCACAUGUUUGUCCUGGAGCAAGAGGAGUACAAGAAGGAAGGGAUUGAGUGGACAUUUAUUGACUUUGGCAUGGACUUGGCUGCCUGUAUUGAGCUUAUUGAGAAGCCAAUGGGCAUUUUCUCCAUCCUUGAAGAGGAGUGUAUGUUUCCCAAGGCAACAGACACUUCAUUCAAGAACAAGCUGUAUGACCAACAUCUGGGCAAGUCAAACAACUUCCAGAAACCCAAACCAGUCAAAGGCAAAGCCGAGGCUCAUUUCUCUCUUGUCCAUUAUGCCGGAACAGUUGAUUACAACAUCACUGGGUGGCUUGAAAAGAACAAGGACCCACUGAAUGACACUGUCAUUGGCCUCUACCAAAAGUCUUCAAUGAAGACACUGGCAUAUCUAUUCUCCAGCUAUGCCGCUGGUGACGCAGAGGGUGGUGGAAAGAAAGGUGGGAAGAAGAAGGGGUCCUCUUUCCAGACCGUUUCUGCUCUUUUUAGGGAAAAUCUGAAUAAGCUGAUGUCCAAUCUAAGGACCACCCAUCCUCACUUUGUCCGUUGCAUUAUUCCCAAUGAGACCAAAACUCCAGGGGCAAUGGAACACGCACUUGUAUUGCAUCAGCUAAGAUGUAACGGUGUGCUGGAGGGUAUUAGGAUUUGCAGAAAGGGAUUCCCAAGCAGAAUUCUCUACGGUGACUUCAAGCAAAGAUACAAAAUUUUAAAUGCAAGUGCAAUCCCAGAGGGUCAGUUUAUUGACAGCAAAAAGGCCUCUGAAAAACUCCUUGGAUCCAUUGAUGUUGACCAUACCCAGUACAGAUUUGGCCAUACUAAGGUGUUCUUCAAAGCUGGUCUCCUGGGGUUACUGGAAGAGAUGCGAGAUGAUCGCUUGGCUGAGGUCAUCACUCGUACCCAGGCAAGGUGCAGAGGAUUCCUCAUGAGAGAAGAGUUUAAAAAAAUGAUGGAGAGGAGGGAAGCUUUGUUCACUAUUCAAUACAAUAUCCGGUCCUUUAUGAAUGUCAAGCAUUGGCCAUGGAUGAAGCUUUACUUUAAGAUCAAGCCUCUUCUGAAGAGUGCUGAGUCAGAGAAAGAGAUGCAGAAUAUGAAGGAAGAGUUUGCGAAGACCAAGGAGAUGCUGGCCAAGUCAGAAGCUAAACGUAAGGAACUAGAAGAGAAGAUGGUUAAAGUUCUCCAAGAGAAGAAUGACCUUCAACUUCAAGUCCAGUCUGAAUCAGAAAAUCUCAUAGAUGCUGAGGAAAGGUGUGAUCAGUUAAUCAAAGCUAAAAUUCAGUCAGAAGCAAAAAUCAAAGAGCUGAAUGAGAGGCUAGAAGAUGAGGAGGAAUCUAAUGCUGAACUGACAGCCAAGAAAAGGAAACUUGAGGAUGAAUGCUCAGAGCUGAAGAAAGAUAUUGAUGAUCUGGAGUUAACACUGGCCAAAGUUGAAAAAGAGAAACAUGCAACAGAAAACAAGGUUAAGAAUCUCACAGAAGAAAUGGCAGUUUUGGAUGAGACCAUAGUUAAGCUGACCAAAGAGAAAAAAGCACUUCAAGAAGCCCACCAGCAGACACUUGAUGACCUCCAGGCAGAGGAGGACAAAGUUAAUACUCUGACCAAAGCCAAGGCCAAGCUUGAACAGCAAGUUGAUGAUCUCGAAGGGUCUCUGGAACAAGAGAAGAAAUUGCGCAUGGACCUUGAAAGAUCUAAGAGGAAACUAGAGGGUGAUCUUAAACUUGCCCAGGAAACAAUCAUGGAUCUGGAAAAUGAUAGGCAGCAACUGGAUGAAAAACUUAAAAAGAAAGAAUUUGAAAUCAGCCAGUUUGUGAGCAGAAUUGAGGACGAGCAGGCUCUUGGUGCUCAGCUGCAGAAAAAGAUUAAGGAAUUGCAGGCCCGUAUUGAGGAGCUUGAAGAGGAAAUUGAAGCAGAACGUACUGCAAGGGCCAAAGCAGAGAAGCAGAGAUCUGAAUUCUCUAGGGAACUUGAAGAAAUCAGUGAGCGUCUGGAAGAAGCUGGAGGUGCCACUUCUGCUCAGAUUGAGAUGAACAAGAAGCGUGAGGCAGAGUUUCAGAAGAUGAGACGUGACCUUGAAGAAGCCACUCUACAACAUGAAGCCACUGCAGCUGCUCUUAGGAAGAAGCAGGCUGACAGUGUGGCUGAACUUGGGGAACAAAUUGAUAACCUCCAGAGGGUCAAGCAGAAGCUGGAAAAGGAGAAGAGUGAGCUAAAGAUGGAGAUUGAUGACCUUGCCAGCAACAUGGAAUAUGUGACUAAAGCUAAGGCUAAUUUUGAGAAAAUUUGUCGCACCCUGGAAGAUCAGCUCAGUGAACUGAAGUCAAAGGAUGAGGAACACCAGAGGCAACUUAAUGACAUCACUGCCCAAAGAGCCCGACUGCAGACAGAGAAUGGUGAAUAUGCACGACAGUUGGAGGAAAGAGAAGCUUUAAUCUCCCAACUUUCUCGAAGUAAACAGGCAUUUACUCAACAGAUUGAAGAACUCAAGAGGCAACUGGAAGAGGAAAUCAAGGCCAAAAACGCCCUUGCCCAUAGUCUGCAGUCAGCCCGCCAUGAUUGUGACUUGCUUAGAGAACAGUAUGAGGAAGAACAAGAGGCCAAGGCUGAGCUUCAGCGCUCAUUGUCCAAAGCCAAUGGGGAGGUUGCCCAGUGGAGGACCAAGUAUGAGACAGAUGCUAUUCAGCGCACAGAGGAACUAGAGGAUGCCAAGAAGAAACUUGCUCAGCGUCUCCAGGAAGCAGAAGAACACAUUGAAGCUGUGAAUUCCAAGUGUGCUUCCCUUGAAAAGACCAAACUACGACUUCAGAAUGAAGUUGAAGACCUUAUGGUUGAUGUUGAAAGGUCAAACAGUGCAUGUGCUGCUUUAGAUAAGAAACAAAAGAACUUUGAUAGGAUUCUGGCAGAAUGGAAGCAAAAGUUUGAAGAGAGCCAAGCUGAACUGGAAGCUUCUCAGAAAGAAUCUCGUUCACUCAGCACAGAGUUGUUUAAAAUGAAGAACUCUUAUGAGGAAUCUCUGGAUCAUCUUGAGACAACCAAACGAGAGAACAAGAAUUUGCAGCAGGAGAUUUCUGAUCUCACCGAGCAAAUUUCUGAAAGUAACAAAUUACUGCACGAGGUGGAAAAAGCCAAGAAACUAAUUGAACAAGAAAAGACUGAUAUUCAGUCUGCUCUAGAAGAAGCUGAGGCAUCUCUGGAACACGAGGAAGGCAAGAUACUGAGAAUCCAAUUGGAACUUAAUCAAAUAAAAUCAGAAGUUGACAGAAAGAUUGCAGAGAAGGAUGAAGAAAUGGAUCAAUUUAAAAGGAACCACAUCAGGGUGGUGGAGUCCAUGCAGAGCUCAUUGGAUGCUGAAAUCAGAAGCAGAAAUGAUGCUCUAAGGUUAAAGAAGAAAAUGGAGGGAGAUCUUAAUGAAAUGGAGAUCCAGUUAAGCCAUGCCAAUCGACAAGCUGCUGAGUCUCAGAAGCAGUUGAGAAAUAUUCAGGGAUUGUUCAAGGAUGUUCAGAUUCACUUGGAUGACUCCCUGAGAGCACAGGAAGAUCUUAAGGAGCAACUGGCUAUGGUUGAACGCAGAGCUAAUCUAAUGCAGGCUGAGAUAGAAGAGAUGAGGGCUGCUCUUGAACAAACUGAACGCAGCAGGAAAGUGGCAGAACAAGAAUUAUUGGAUGUUAGUGAGCGUGUACAACUCCUGCACUCACAGAACACAAGCUUGAUUAACACCAAGAAGAAGCUUGAAACAGACAUGGCUCAACUACAGACUGAGGUUGAAGAGGCCAUACAAGAAGCCCGCAAUGCUGAAGAUAAAGCCAAAAAGGCCAUAACAGAUGCUGCUAUGAUGGCAGAAGAACUUAAAAAGGAACAGGACACCAGUGCUCACCUGGAAAGGAUGAAGAAGAACCUGGAUCAAACAGUGAAGGACUUGCAGCAUCGUUUGGAUGAAGCUGAACAACUGGCUAUGAAAGGUGGAAAAAAACAAAUCCAGAAAUUGGAGGCUAGGGUUCGGGAGCUUGAAAACGAAGUGGAAUCUGAACAAAAACGCAGCACAGAGGCAAUUAAAGGUGUCCGUAAAUAUGAACGGAGAGUUAAAGAACUAACAUACCAGUCUGAGGAAGAUAAAAAGAAUAUCCUGAGACUUCAGGACCUGGUAGACAAACUCCAAAUGAAGGUGAAGGCCUACAAGAGGCAAACAGAGGAAACUGAGGAACAGUCCAAUAGCAACCUCACCAAGUAUCGCAAGAUGCAACAUGAACUUGAGGAAGCUGAGGAGCGUGCUGAUAUUGCAGAAUCCCAGGUCAACAAGCUUCGUGCUAAGACCCGAGAGGUUACUAAGAUUGUGAAGAGUGAAGAGUAGGCGGGUGCUGGAGCCUCCAAACUAGUGACUGAUGAGAAGCACAUAAUGUGGAAUUCUUUUUUCUGUCACUGUUAUGUCUUAAAUAUAUUCAGUAAUAAAUAUAUAGGUCCUUGCAAGA